AUGACUUCCUCAUCAACAGCAGCAUUAGUGUACGCUGCCACGGUCGCCGUCCCUUCCACCGCGUCCGGCCGCCCCGACGACGAAAUCACAAAAGCCAAAGCCUGGCAUUCCAAGUCCGGCGGCUUCGACAACCCGUGGCCGUCAUGGAACAUGAUGUCUGCGCCCACCCUGAUAUGGGGUCUCAUCAUGCGCAGAUUUUCCGGAACAGCGAACAAACCCGACACCACGCCUCCUACCGUGCCCGUCCACGCACCUACAUUUCUACCCUCCAGGGCAGCCAGCACCUCGGCCGGCACGUUGAGGGCAACAUGGCUAGGCCACGCCUGCUACUACGUCGAAUUUCCCUCCGGACUGCGUGUCCUUUUCGACCCCGUAUUCACGGACCGGUGCUCUCCUUUCACCUGGCUGGGCCCCAAGAGAUAUACCGAAAUGCCGUGCCAGAUCAAAGACAUCCCGAUCAUUGACGCGGUGGUGAUCUCGCACAACCACUACGACCACCUGUCGCAUCCUACCAUCAUGGAGAUCGCAAAGCUGCACCCAGAAUGCCACUUCUUCGUACCCCUCGGGAACAAGAAAUGGUUCAAAGCCAGUGGCGUGGAGAAAUGCACCGAACUAGAUUGGUGGGACGAAGUCGACUUUACGCUGACAGCCUCGUCGUCCUCCAAAGAGAAAUCCGUCAGCGUAUCCUCGACAGACGAGCCCGCGGCCAAACCAACAUCCUCGGAUUCAGACGCGAUAUCGGCCCGCAUAUCGUGCCUCCCGUGCCAACACAUCUCCGCCCGCUCGAUUCACGACCGCGCCGCGACCCUGUGGGCCUCCUGGUCCGUCUCCUCUGGGAACAAAUCCGUCUACUUCGGUGGCGAUACCGGCUACCGCAGCGUGCCCAAGGCCUCCGAUGGGAAAGACGACUGGGCGGAAGAAUACUCGCAUCUCCCACACUGUCCUGCCUUUGCAGACAUCGGACGGUUACGCGGACCGUUUGACCUGGGAUUGAUCCCGAUCGGAGCGUACAUGCCUAGAUGGAUCAUGUCGCCCAUGCACGCGAACCCCAGGGAUGCGGUCGAGAUUUUCCGGGAUACAAAGUGCCAGAAGGCGAUGGGUAUUCAUUGGGGCACGUGGGUGCUCACCGAGGAGGACGUGCUGGAGCCGCCGAGGUUGUUGAAAGAGGCAUUGAAGCAUCAUGGCAUUGCCGGGACAGGAGUAUUUGAUAUCUGCGAUAUUGGGGACAGCAGGGAGUUCUGA